AUGUUCAAACACGUUUGGAAGCGAUUCAGACAAGUUCGAUUAAACUCAAUGCAAAAGCCAAUGCCAAAGCCAAUGCCCUUAUCUACGCUGGCGAACUUGGAACAAUAUCUUGAGCUGGAGAAGGUAUCUGAGAACGUCUACAGUAAUGUCUCGACGUUAAGAGUUCCUUUCGGUGGCCGUGGUAUAUUCGGGGGAACUCUAGUUGCCCAAUCACUGUAUGCUGCACUGUUAAAUGUGGAUGAAAAGUUCAGACCUAUAAGCAUGCAUUGCAACUUUUUAGUUGCUGCAAAUACAAAGAGUCGUAUUGAGUAUCAUGUCGAAACUCUGAGAGACGGGAAGAAUUUCUGCUCCCGUCAAGUGAAAGCCAAACAGAACAAUCAGUUGAUUUUUCUAGGAUCAAUUUCUUUUCGAUCAGAGAGACUAGAAGGCUCUUCUGGGGCCAGUGAUUCGCCAAAACUUUCUCAUUACAGGCGGGCUCCUAUAGUUGGUAAGGAUAUUCCGUCACCUGAAGACUGUCAUGAGCAAACUGAGGUAUUCAUGGAAUGGGCGAAAAAUUCCAAAGACAAUGUGCAAUUACAAAAGCUGGCCAAAAAUCCCCAGCAACUGUUGGACAGUUAUGAUGCGGAGCCUUGCAAGUGGCGGUUGCCAAUGGACAUGUUUGAUUUAUCACAGGUUGCCCCAGAAGAGUUUGAUAAAUUUGUAAGUGACAGGGUUCUGAGAUAUUGGGUGAAAAGCAAGUCUCAUUUUAAAUCACCAAGGUUCAAUGACGUGGCCAUUGCUUACAUCUCGGACUAUUUCUUUCUUAGCUCCAACAUGAGACUAAAUAUGCAGGAGAUGUUUACUUCAUCAUUCUCAGUAUCUUUAGACCAUACGAUCCAUUUCUAUGAUAAAUUUAACAUAGAUGAGUGGCUGUCAUUCAGUAUCAGGAGCAAAGUGUGUCAAGAUGACCGCGCACUGGUUACUGGGGAGAUCUACUCUGAAAGUGGUCAGUUGGUAGCUACCGUAUUGCAAGAAGGUUUGCAGGCCUUACCUGCCCAUGCACAGUUAGAACCACAACAACGUAAGUCAACAAUCAAGGCUAAACUAUAG